CAAAGCGCAGGCCUUGGCUGAUGCAACCUCGCUGGCGCAAGCCCGGUCUACCGAGGGUAAGGAAGCCGACAGGGACCGAGUCAGGGGCUGGCAGCCGCUGCGCCCGGAAGCACGCGAAAGGGCCCGCCCGCUGGGCUCUGUUAGGGACGUUCAGUGGCGCAGAGCUGGUGGUGUUGCGGGGGUGUCCUAGUUCCCCAUCCGGUUGCUUGCUGACCAGCAUCGGCGCUGGCCCUGCAGCCAUUUUGAACUGGGUCUGUCCCCGCGUCUGUUACCUCCCCGGCCGCCCAGCGCUUCCGGGGCGCGCAGUGAGGGGCUUUUUAACGGUCUGUUUCUGGUGGAAAGUCACGCAGCUGCCGCGAGAGAUCGCUGUAUGGUGGAGAGGCCUCUAGCGGAUUAGGGCGCUUCUUCCCCACCGGGAUGGAUGUCGUUGCUGCCGCCAAGUUCUGCGCCUGCCUUUCCGGACUGUGUUUUGCUGACCAAAGCCGAAGCCGCUGCCUUCUUUGGCGCUUCUGCUGGCCCCGGGACCGACGUGGCGCGCCGAUUCCUCUGCAAGGUGAGGCUGGUACCGUGUAGGCCUCUCUGGAUCCCGUAGGAGGUCCAGCCGCUUAGUCUGCGUACCACGCCACAGACUGCCAAGCAGGGGCAAUGGAGUCGGGAGCGGACCUGCCGCGGGAAAGUCGGGGGACCCGAGCGGGUCCUCUGUUCCGGCUGCCCUUCUCCCUUCGGCCCCCGCCGCCUGGUACUGGCAGGUUUCCCACACCUCCUGCUGCAGAGCCACCCCGGGACCACAAACCAGUUUGCUCUACCCGGCCUGAGGCUCGGACCAGCUACUUGAUGAAGGUGCUUUCCCAGCUCAUCUCGCCGCUCCCCAGCCUUCUUCAGAAACUGCUGAUUUGGAGCCAGUUUUUAGGUGGCAUGAUUCCGACCAGAUGGCUGGAUUUCGCUGGAGGCUACAGCGCCCUGAGAGCCCUGAGGGCUCAGGAGGAACUGGCCUCCCCUGCGGCGCAGAAACCUGUGAGUUCGCUGGAGCUGUACCCCUCAGCCGACUCAGCUGCCAGUCUUCUGGGCUGGGUACCGGAGAGUUUCCACUGGCAGUGCAUAUCCUCCGAUCCAGAUUUGGAACUGAAAGCCCAGGGAAGAGCCUCGGACUCUGACGCCCAUACUCUUCUCUUUGAGCAGCAACUGUGGGGAGUGGAACUGUUGCAGAGUGGCCCUCACGCUCGGCUGUUCUCUGACCGGAAAAUUAGCCUUUCCUCCUCCUGGCCUCGAAACAUUCAGCACUUAAGCAAUUUCAGCGCCGUCUCCUAUUUGCUGAACCCCUCUUAUCUGGACUACCAUUCUCGGGUAGAGCGUAGCUCUCAGAAGGGCAUUGGAGGUGGCGAGCUAGUUGAUUUCCAGACGGUAAGCCCAGAAACCAGCUGUCUGCCUGAGGACUAUUCUCAACCCCAGCCACUGAAUGCAGAGAUCACUAGCUGCUCGUGGCAGGAAUGCCCACCUCUUUCUAGAGAAGGCCUGCCAGAAAUUGACCAUAUUCGCACGAAACGGCUCGAAUUCCUUCAGCAGGCUAACAAGGGGCAAGCGUUACCCACCCCUGACCAAGAUCAUGGUUACCACAGCCUGGAAGAGGAACACAGCGUUCUCCGGAUGGAUCCGAAGCCCUGCAGCGGUAGUCCGACACAGUGCGUUCCCCCAGCUGGAGCCGUUCCUGGAACUGCCCAGGAAUCCACAGAAGAAAAAACAGAAUUGAUUCAAGAGGUUCCUCUUGCCUUGGAAAAACAAGGCCCUUCGGAAAGCAGUCUGUCUUGUGAGGUACCUAUGGAAAGAGAGCCUGGGGAGGACCAAAUAAGUGUAGUUGACUCUUCAGACAUAGAAAAUGAUCUUUCCAUUUCUGCCAGACCAGCGUGUGGUAACAAACUGAUAGAUUACAUUUUAGGAGGUGCAUCCAGUGACCUCGAAACAAGUUCUGAUUCAGGAGGUGAGGAUUGGAAUGAGGAAGCUGAGGAUGAUGGUUUUGAUAGUGAUAGCUCACUCUCAGAAUCAGACCUUGAACAAGACUCUGAAGGGCUUCACCUUUGGAACUCUUUCUACAGUGUAGAUCCUUAUAAUCCCCAAAACUUUACAGCAGCGAUUCAGACUGCUGCCAGAAUUGUUCCUCCAGACCCUUCCGGAUCAGAGAAGGAUUUGUCUGAUGGGUCUGACCUAGAGAAUUCUUUCCAGACUGGAAGACUUCCUGAGUCUCCUGACCAUAAUUCUGGGGAGGAAGAUGACUGGGAAUCUAGUGCAGAUGAAACAGAAAGUCUCAAACUGUGGAACUCUUUCUGUAAUUCGGAUGACCCCUACAACCUUUUAAAUUUUAAGGCUCCCUUUCAAACAUCAGGGAAAAAUUGGAAAGGCUGUCAUGACUCAGAGAGGCCAUCUGAGCCCAUUGUAGCCAUGUCUGAGUGUCACACCUUACUUUCCUGUGAGCUGCAACUGUUAGGGAGCCAAGACAGUGAAUUUCCAGAUGUGGUACAGGGUGGGGCUUUUUCUGGAGACAGACACACACAUAUCAAGAGGAAAAAGGUAACAUUCCUUGAAGAAGUUACUGAGUAUUAUAUAAGUGGUGACGAGGACCGAAAAGGACCAUGGGAGGAAUUUGCUCGGGAUGGAUGCAGGUUCCAGAAACGAAUUCAAGAAACAGAAGACGCUAUUGGAUAUUGCUUGACAUUUGAGCACAGAGAAAGAAUGUUUCAUAGACUCCAGAAGACAUGCUUCAAAGAACUUGAUGUUGUGCAGCCGUGUUCAGAUGGUUUGAUAGCCUCUGGCCCUAGUGUACACUGACUCCUCCUCUAGAGGUUUCUUUUAAAACAAAAAUUGGCAGCUGUCCUUUGACUUUAUUUUAAAAGGAUAUGCUGCUGAGAUCCAGCAACCUCGUCUAAUAUUGUUUUGCAGAAUAUCCCACUCAGAAACGUCCAGGGUUGAAGCCAAGCCCUGAUAAUGAAGGAUGAGAUAGUGUGAUUUAUAAUCCUCCCCUGUUUUAUUUAGUUGAAUGAGUUUUUGGAUGUUUGUUUAUUAAGGUGCAGAGGGAAACUUUUAAGGUGUAAUUUUGCACUUUAAAACUUAUUUUCUUGGGAAACAAUAUAGUGUUCAAAGCCCAUUUUCCAUUUAAAUUAUGUGUACCUAUUUAUAAACUUUGGGCUCUUUUUUGGCCCUCUAACAUUCUGAAAUUAGUGGGCUUUUAUGUUUUCUCUGUAUUUUCUUAUUUCAGUGAUUUGGCCCUUCUCUACCUUAAGGCUCAGAAAAUAAUCCUAUAUACGCUACCAAUUUAAGAUGCAUCAUCUUGUGUCACUUUUAUUUUUCUUUGAAGAAUAACUUGGGCUGAAAAAUAUAUGGUGGGUUUUUAUUUUUAGAUUAAGUUAUACCUAAUAUACUUCCAAGGAUUGCCACAACACCAUGUGUGGUACUCUGUUACUUUGGGAAAGCUGUACCUUUUUGCCACAUUUUAACAUCUAAUAUAUUUAAUUUCUGUUCAAACUUUUUUGGAGAGGGUUCUGUAUAUGUUAUUGUAGUUUCCAGUUAACUGUUUUUUUCCCAUAUCUUAUUAACAGAUGGAAAUUGUAAAAGACACCAGAAAGUAAUAAUUGUAUCAUAGGCAUUCAUAUAUUUAUUUUUUAACUAAAAGCCUAGACUUUUCCUAGGAAGAAGAGAGGGGAUAUCAGAGCAAUUUGGUUUUGUUAUAUAUGCUUUCAGCAGAAAAUCAGUGUUACUAAUGUCCGGCCUCAGCACUGUCACUUUUCAAACCUGUCUGGGUGACACCGUAAACUUGGAAAUGGGCAGCUCUGAAUUUUCCAGUUUGAGAUGUAAAAUAGAGACUUCAGCCAGUAUCCAAGUUUAUUGUGUUCUAUUUCAAUAAAGAGAGAAGGAAUAAUGAGAGCAGCAAGCCCUAUAAUUUUAAGGAAAGGAUAGAACUAUAGAUUUAACCACUAUAAAGUCUUAGUAUCUGUAGCCCAAAGUUUGCUUUUGAAUCCAAGUUUUUGCUGUGACUGCUUGGCUAAUUUAGGUAGCUCUACAUGGUGUGCAUCUGUUAGGCUGAAGGAAUUAUCCAGCUCCUUUAGUGGUCUGCUUUUAGUCCAUGUGCCUCCUGUCACAGGUAAUGGGAAAUACGAGUAGGAUAGAUGACCUCUUAAUUUUUAACUUGUUUCAGUGUGGGGAUGAUUUUUCAUCAGAAAUACUUGUGGAGUUACUACCUCAGUUAGUAAUCUACCUGAUUAUUAUUUUAUUUCUAUCUGGUUUGGUCUAAGAACUGCCUCUAGUGUCUAUAAUGUGUGUGUACACAUAUACAUAAACACACCGAGAGUGCAACAAUACAGAAGGUCACAUUUUUUCAGAGCCCUUAGUCAAGGUGUUUUGUGCCCCUCCACUUUAGGUAAUCACAGAGAAAACACGACACUAUGAAGCAGGCUGGUUUCAGGCACCAGCUGUGUCAAGUGGGAAGAAGGCAUUAUUUGUCUUGAAAAAAAGCUUUUUGAAAAUGCAAAGGCAUUCUUUUAAAAACAGAAUGAAGUACACUAUUUUAUGUCAGAAAUUUAGGUUGUGUUUUGUGUUUCUGAAAUCUAGCACCUCUGCCCUAUUUAAGGAUAUCUUGACAUUAAUUGGAUUGUGGGAAACUAUUCCCUUAGGAUUCCCACCUCAACCUCACUACCAAAUGAACAGCAGCUCGGUUAACAAUUCUCCCAUGUACUACCCUCCUUUAAAAGAAUGGCUCAGAGGGUGAUGACAGAGACAAGUACCAUUUUUUAAGUUGAAUUGAAGGAUAACAAUUCUUGUUAGUUUCAUCCCAAUCCUAGUUGUUAGAAAAGUUAAACCUCCACCAUCUUAAAAAGAAAAUCCUUGUAAAUUUUAAUCAAACAAUUUACACAUUUAAAGUCUUGCAGUGGUGCUUUAAGUGUCAAAGAAGCUUAUGAAAAGCUUUGUACAGACAGGUAAAAUUUCUCUUUUUGAGUGUUGAAAUCUAAUUACAGCGCCUCUUCAUCUUUAACUUGAAAUCAAUACUAUCAGAUUUUAUUUUUUAUAAUUUAAGGAAGGUGAAUUUAGGGGACUAGAAGACUUCUAAAUUGGCUUCUACAGAUCCAGUGUGUAAAAUAUAACAUUUGUUGGGAUUUUAUAGUAAAAUUUUGUAUAUAACUUAACUAAUCUGUAACACGUAAUAAAUAUAUUUGCAAUUAUUAAAUAUGUGAUUUUGGUUUA